ACGCUCCACCGUCCAUCCCUUUCCACCCUCAUCCUCGCCUCGCCGCGCCGCCCCGCCCCCUCCUCCUCCGCCGCCGCUAAAACCCUAAAACCUCCGCUCAUCCAUGGCGGCGACCAGCGCCGAUCUCGCCGACGACGGCUUCCCGGCGCCGCGCCUCUUCUCGCAGGGCGUCUCCUACACCUACGACGACGUUAUCUUCCUCCCGGGGUACAUCGGGUUCCCCGCCGACGCCGUGGACCUCUCCACCCGCCUCUCCCGCCGCAUACCCCUCUCCAUCCCCUGCGUGGCGUCCCCCAUGGACACCGUGUCCGAGGCUGCCAUGGCCGCGGCCAUGGCCUCCCUCGGCGCCGCCGCCGUCGUCCACUGUAACACCGAGCCCGACCUCCAGGCCUCCAUCAUCCGCGCCGCGAAGUCCCGCCGCCUCCCGUUCGUCUCCUCCGUCCCCUUCUUCUCGCCCGCCUCUACUCCCUCACUCUCCGACUUCGCAGGCCAGGACUAUGGCCUGGUCACGGAGCGCGGCGAUUCACUCUCCAAGCUCGUCGGUGUCGCUGUUGCAGCCGACGUCUCGUCUCGUCAGGCUCCCGUCCCUGUCUCUGAGUACAUGCACCCCGCCCCUCGCUCGGCGUCCGCCUCUUUCGACUUCGAGCAGGCGGCGGCCUUCCUGGCGGACGAAGGUUUGGAUUACGCCCCUCUCGUAUCCGAUGAUGGUGAGGUAAUCGACCUCAUCACCGUCAGUGAUGUGGAGCGCAUCCGGAGCUAUCCGAAGUUAGGCAAGCCAUCUCUUGGAGCAGACGGGAAGUUUGUUGUUGCGGCUUCCAUUGGGACCCGUGAGGGUGACAAGCGAAGGCUGGAGCAGCUAAUUAAGGAAGGGGCAAAUGCAAUUGUGGUAGAUAGCUCGCAGGGAAACUCUAUCUACCAGCUUGAUAUGAUCAAGUAUGCAAAGAAGAUGUAUCCGGAAGUGGACUUGAUUGGAGGCAACGUGGUGACCAUUGCGCAGGCACAGAAUUUAGUUGCUGCUGGAGUGGAUGGACUGCGUGUUGGGAUGGGCUCUGGCUCAAUUUGCACUACCCAGGAGGUUUGUGCUGUGGGCAGAGGACAGGCUACAGCAGUGUAUAAGGUUGCAUCUUAUGCCAAGGAUCAUGAUGUGCCAGUUAUUGCAGAUGGUGGAAUUUCAAACUCUGGACAUAUAGUGAAGGCUUUAUCUCUGGGGGCAUCCACAGUUAUGAUGGGCAGCUUCUUGGCUGGCAGCCAUGAAGCUCCUGGUACUUAUGAGUACAAGGAUGGUCGUCGAGUUAAAAAAUACAGGGGCAUGGGCUCUCUCGAAGCGAUGACAAAGGGCAGUGAUGCCAGGUACCUGGGUGAUACCCUCAAGCUUAAAGUUGCCCAGGGAGUUGUUGGAGCAGUUGCUGACAAAGGUUCUGUGCUGAGGUUCAUUCCUUACACAAUGCAAGCUGUUAAGCAAGGGUUCCAAGAUCUUGGUGCAUCAUCUUUGCAGUCAGCUCACGAUCUUUUGCGGUCACAGACUCUCAGAUUAGAGGUGAGGACGGGUGCCGCGCAAGUUGAAGGUGGGAUACACGGGCUAGUGUCGUACGAGAAGAAGGCAUUCUAGUUCCAGUUCCAGAUUUAUCAAUCAAUCAUCAGAACAAAGCGGGUAUCGCAUGCUACGGACGGAAUCAACUGCCCAAUCUUUACCACCUGAUCAAUGGUUUUCAAGAGCAGCUCACCUGGUUGGACCUGGCAACUCUGUUUUCUCCUGUCCGUAGCAUCAGCAACCACUUACCAUUGCAAUAACAGGAUCGGGUGUAUUCUAACUAAAAGGUUUUGCUAGAGGGGAAGACUGCUAUCCCAUGAUUGCUUCAACCGGUUGAUGAUGUACUUUGCCUUGUGCAAACUGCAAACCCACCCUGUUGCAGCGAAUUCGGCGUCUGUUUUUUUUAUGAAAAGGAAUAAAAUGUUUAGCUUGUACUUUCAGCCACUUCGGCCCCAGAUUCUAUCGUUGCUUGCUUUUGUUUCU